AUGAAUGGUCUCCAAGAGAGCAAUUUCAACAAGUAUUCCGUCGCAACUGGAAUAGAUCAUCAACCUGCAUUCAAGUGGUGGGUUCCAUACAUGUUGAAGAAACGAAACGCUAUCAUUGCCAAAGUCAAGAGCGGAUACCACAAGCGAAAACACAAAUUUGGCAUCAGGGUUCCCAAAACAGUCCAAGAAGCCCGUGAACUUGAUCAAAUCAAUGGCAACGACCUGUGGGAACAGGCCCUUGGGAAGGAGAUGAGCAAUGUUUGUGUGGCUUUCAAGAUGCUCAACGAGGAAGACAAAGCACCAGUUGGGCACACCAAAAUCAACUGCCACAUCGUUUUUUAA